CCGGAACGGGCGGGGCCGGGCCGGGUGAGCGGGGCCGGGCCGGGCCGGGCCGGGCCGGGGCAGGGCGGGGGGUCCCUGCGGACCCGGGCGGGGGUCCCGGCGCGGCCCACGCGGGUCCCCGUUCCCUGCGGCUGGCGCUGAGGCCCCGGUGCGGGCGGGCCCGGCCGGUGACCGCCGUGUCCCGCCCUCGGCAGGCAUGUGGUCCGUGCUGUGGGCGGCCGUGCGCUCCAAGGCCCCGUACGUCACCUUCCCGGUGGCCUUCGUGGUGGGGCUGGUGGGCUCCCAGCUGGAGUGGUUCCUGCGCGGAGACCCCCCGGCCACGGCCCAGGAGGAGAAGAGCAUCUCGGAGCAGCGGGAGGACCGCAAGCUGCAGGAGAUCGUGGGCGAGGACGUGACCAAGGUGGUGAGCCUGAAGGACAAGCUGGAGUUCGCCCCUCGGGCCGUGCUCAACAGGAACCGCCCCGAGAAGAGUUAAUAACAAAGGGUGGUUUGGGCAAAGGCGGUGCCCCGGAGCGGCUGCUGGGGACCCCCUGACACCGCACUGCUUCCACCGGCCUCCCUCUGCACCUGCUGCUCCUCACCCGCCCUCCCGGGCCCUCCGCAGGGUCAGGUUUGCCCCAUGGAUUUGCUCCAGGUUUGAUUUCUUCCAUGGUGUGGAGGUAGAAGUUUGGACCUGAGUGCCAUGGUGGGGUCAGGCUGACCGCCAGUGACAGGAAGAGCUGCUGCCCUGCUUCCAGAUCCCCUGUGGCUCUUGAUGAACCCCAGUACAGCCCACGCCACAGUGUUACUGCAGCAGCCAUGGAGCUCUCUGAGACCCCUGUCCCUGCAUCAUCCUUCCCGGGGAUGCUGACAGGGGGAGGUGCAAGUCUUAGUCCUGCUCCCUUGUGGUGCUCUGAGCGUGGCAAUGAGUUGGGAAUGGGGAGAUCUCUGCCCUCUGCACAAUAAACUUCUGUCAGUC